CCCUGAAAGAAUUGAGUUCUUGAUUUGUGAGCAGUUAAAAAAAAUAAUUAGAGAUGUUGGCAAAAGAGCUGGUGUUCCAGGUUUAUCUGCUGCUGGGGGAUGUGCUUUAAUGUCCUCUCUUGAGGCAUACUCUGUCUCUAAUUUGUAAAAAUAGGAUCCUGGUAUGACUUGUUCUGUAUCUUAGUAUUCCUUAGUCUUCUGUUGUUCUGACCUCACUAUUUUCAUAUACUGAUUUUGUUUUUUAUACUCUUUAAUCCACCUGAGAUGCAGCUGGGGCUGUGCUUGUGCUGCUGGGUCCCCAGGACCUGCUGGGCACUGUUUUGCCCAGGCUGUGGAUUUGGGCAGGGCAGCAGGGCACAGAGAGGUGGGAUGUGCUGCCUUGUUCUGUGGUGAAUGAAACCCACCUCAUUUCCUAGGCAUGGGAAGGGCAAGGUAUCUUUUUUGGUUGGGAAUUAACUGUGAACAAUGAGUAGUUUUGGAACGUGGGGCUCUGGCUUGGCUAAAUCUUUGUGCUGCCUUUAGCUGGGUGGCUGCAUGUUGAAGUUUGUUAGUAAAGAGGAUGGGACCAGAAGUCUUGGGAACUGUGUGGUCUUUUUAAGAUGUAAAAAUAAACAAAGCUGAGAAGCUCUACCCUACUUAAAACAGGCUGACCUAAAUUUUCAGCACUUCUAGCAGAGAGGCAGCUCUGGGCAGGGAUAAAGGCUGGCUGAUGACUGGCUUCCCUGUCCUUCCAUCGCUUGACAAGGUUGACAGGCCACCUUUGGCACAUCAACACUGGACUCUGAGGUCAUUCACUUCCCCCUUCUUGAGCUGCACAGCCUGGCUGGGGAUUUGCCUUGUGCUCCUGUGGACAGUCUCCUUGUUAUGCAAGUCAACAGUUCAGCAUCUUCUGGGGAGUCACAGCAUGAAUCUCUUCUCAAAUUGCUUUUGUUGGUGUGUGUUGACAGCAUGUUAGAUGUCCUCUGGCUUGUCCCUACAGAGAUUGCUUUUGAGAGGAGAUAAGAGGAGAGGAAUUGUGUAUCCUUUCAGCAGCCUCCUGUUAAACUUGGAAUCCCACAGCUCAAGCACGUGAACAGAUGGAUAAUGGAGACUGGGGAUAUAUGAUGACUGAUCCAGUCACGCUAAAUGUGGGUGGACACAUGUACACGACCUCCCUCACAACUCUAACGAGAUAUCCUGACUCAAUGCUCGGGGCCAUGUUCAGGGGAGACUUCCCCACUGCCAGGGACUCUCAGGGCAAUUACUUUAUUGACAGAGAUGGACCACUUUUCCGUUAUGUUCUUAACUUUUUAAGGACCUCAGAGCUCACUUUGCCACUGGACUUCAAGGAGUUUGACCUGCUCCGGAAGGAAGCAGACUUCUAUCAGAUUGAGCCCUUGAUCCAGUGUCUCAAUGACCCCAAGCCAUUGUAUCCUGUGGAUACCUUUGAGGAGGUGGUGGAGCUGUCCAGCACCCGCAAGCUUUCCAAGUACUCCAACCCGGUGGCCGUGAUCAUCACGCAGCUCACCAUCACCACCAAGGUCCACGCGCUGCUGGAAGGCAUUUCCAACCACUUCACCAAGUGGAACAAGCACAUGAUGGACACCAGGGACUGCCAGGUGUCCUUCACCUUCGGGCCGUGCGAUUACCACCAGGAAGUGUCGCUGCGCGUGCACCUCAUGGAGUACAUCACCAAGCAGGGCUUCACCAUCAGGAACACCCGCGUGCACCACAUGAGCGAGCGUGCCAACGAGAACACAGUGGAGCACAACUGGACUUUCUGCAGACUGGCACGGAAAACAGAUGACUGAUUCUGACUCCACGGGAGCCACUUCAGUGAUUAGCAACUUCAUUGGACUGUGAACCCAAGAGAGUCUGGAUUUUGACUAAAGCAACAAUAUGGGCUUUUUUUAUACGACUAUUUAUUGUUUAUCAGUGAGGACUGGAGGAGUUUCAUUCUCUAGCAGCUCUGUUCUUUUGUCCAGUUCAGAAAAAAAACCGUGCAUGUGCCUGUUCAGUCAAGACACCUUUUUGUUUGAAAGAGGGAGUCCGAAGAAUCAGUACAAUAGGGUAUUUUGUGUCAUUAACACAAUUCUCUGACUCGACUCAAAGUGCUAAAAUUACCUCUUGUUUAAAUGGUUUCUAAUCCAUCUAAUGCUAUGACACUGGGAGCAAGAAACAAAAAAGAUUUUAAAAUGCAGUUUGGGGAGAAGCUGCUAUUGUGUAGACUAAUUUAGUUUCUAAAUCAAUAAACAGUAUUGUAAUAUUCUAGGAAAACAAAUCCCACCCUUUAAAAGUACUUGAUAAGUACAGUUUCUUACAGUUAUGACAACUGUUUCUUUCUAUGCAUAUAAAUCAAGCAACCAAAUAUUAUCUGUAGCCAUGGAAAUACGAUUACAAAUAUUUAUAUUGGAUUCUAAAUGCAAAAUGUCCCUGUGGUAGAAUUCAUAUUUUUAAUGCCUGGUGCAAUAUUAUUCCCAAGUGUAAUGCCUGCCAGAAGAAGCUAAUAAAAAUGUGAAAUACAGAAUACUGUUUUGUAUUUUCUUUUUGUCUUUUAGAAUUCUCAUACUUAAAAAAAUCAAACCCAACCAAACAAAAAACCUCCCACCCAAAUCCUGAUUUUUUGUGCUGUGGAGUAGUUGGGGUGUUCUGGUAGGGCCCUGGAUUCUUCCAUUAAUGAUGGAACUUGUUCCUUUUUAUGGAAUUAGUUGAUUAUGUUAAUGAGUUGAUUCAAAUGUCUUCAUUAGACACAAGACAAAGCUUGUGUUCUGAAAACUGCUUUAGAUUGAUAGAAAGAUGGCAAAUAUUUGUACUGGCUAAAGGGAUAGGGAUGGAGGGAACACAGAGCCUAAAUACUUGUAGCUGCUAAUAGAGUUGCCUGGUUUG